AUGUCGCGGUCUAUUGAUCAUUUCAAAGGUGGCGCAUCACGACCACCCGGUAAACCUCAGAAACCGACCCAGAGCAAGUUCUCGACACCUCCGCAAUGGCUGAAUAUCUAUGGCGACUUCAUCACGAAGAACGCCCAUCAAGUAUCCCAGAUCGAGAGCGCAUUACGAUCCCUGACGUAUAUUAUACCCGGUCGAUUUCGUGACGCUGAGAUCGCCUCGGAGACCUUACACUCAGGUAUCCAACUACUAUCCCUCUAUCACGAUGCUGUCCUCCGAGGCGCUGUAACGAAAAUCCCCGCCCUGGCUUCCAAAAUACCAAGCCCACAUACCCGCUACACUAGAUUUUGGACGGGAAAGAGUAGGUUAUAUCGGAGAAUAGCCCUGUUGCUACAAAUCGUUCAGUAUACCGAAUUAUUAUGGGAGAUGGCUGCCAAACGCAAGGGGGAGAAAGUUCGUUGGCGUGUUAUCAUCCUUUUGGAGAUUAUUAAGGCCUUCUGUCGCCUGUUAUUAAUGAGAGUCACCAAUUCAAGACCGCUCGUUACACCAGCACUACCAGAACGAGACCCAGUUACCCCAGAAAUGGACGAAAACGAUGAUGCGGCGCUAAAGGAGCUAAUGGGUGAAGAUACAUCCUCCGUGGACAUGGAUGAAUCUGCCAAGAGUGCCCACGAGAAAGAAUGGACGAUGCCACGAACCGGCGCCAGUCUUCCAAGUUUACCAAAUCCUGGAGAUAUCAGCUCUUAUUUGAUGAGCCGGGUUUUAACAGCAGACGAUAUCAAACCUGCAGCAAAGCUUCUAAACACGCUAUCUGGCUCCGGCCAGACUGCCGAGAUAUUACACAUUCUCGCCCCCUUAGUAUACGCCAUUGCAUUGUCAAGGUGUAAAGAUAAGAAGUCUUGGACGCCUUGGAUACUCGGGUUAAGUAUGGAAUAUGCAGCGCGGCAGUUGCGCGACCGGGGUCUACGCAGCACUGCUCUAGAGAACGAAGAAUGGGGUAAGAGGUAUUGGGCGGCCGGUUGGUGGACUAUGAGGGGUGCUUUCUAUGAGCAUGUCACCAAGGGCCUUAUAGGUGGAGUGCGUCGUCGUAUGCCUAGCCUGGUUGCGGGCAUACUAGAAGAUUACGAGUACCUAUGGGAUAAUUAUUACUUCAGCACCAGUGCUUGA